AUGACGGAUUGUGUCCCCUCCCCUCCUCUGCCACCCCCCACCCCGGCCGCAGUCUAUCUGGUGCAAGGCCUGCUGGGCCUGUCCCGCCUCGCCGUCUUCACUUUCCUAAAGGACAACUUGGGGCUGGCCCCCGCCACUGUGGCACUCGUCACCUCCUCGGGCUAUGCGCCCUGGAUGAUCAAGCCCGUGUACGGCUUCCUGUCCGACGCGGUACCCCUGUUUGGGUACCGCCGCCGCUCCUACCUGGCCAUCUGCGGCCUGCUGGGCGCCGCUGCCUGGACCGGCAUGGGCCUGUGCGCCGACAGCGCCCACGCGGUGGUGCUCCUGCUGGUGCUGGGCUCCGCCUCCACAGCCUGCGCAGACGUGGUGGCGGACUCGGUGGUGGUGCAGCUCGUGCGGCGGCCCGGAAGCACCAUGAGCACGGCAGGCUCGCUGCAGAGCCUGUGCUGGGCCUCGGCCUCAGCCGGUGGCAUCGCCAGCGCCUACUUCAGGCGAGCUUGGCUGCCCCGCUGCGGGGCAGUCGGCUCUCUGGUGGGCGACUACGGCCCCCGCAUAGUCUUCCUGCUGACCGCCGCCUUCCCGCUGCUGGUCACGGGAGCCGCGCUGGCCAUACCAGAGGAGCGGGUCAGGGCGCCGGGCGUGAUGGCGGGCGCCGGCGCCGGCGCGGGCUCCUCGGCGCCGGGCUCCCGCAGCCCCAGCCCCCAGGCGGCACUGCUGUGGGGCAUCGGCAGGCAGCCCAGCAUCUUCCUCCCCGCCAUCUUUGUGUUUGUCUGGCAGGCCACCCCCACCGCCGACACAGCCAUGCUCUUCUUUGAGACAAACAAGCUGGGCUUCACUCCAGACGUGCUGGGAGAGAUCAGGCUGGUGGGUGCGCUGGCGUCCCUGGCGGGCGUGGGCGUGUACAACUUCCUGCUCAAGAAGACGCCGCUGCGCAAGAUCCUGCUGUGGACGUCGUUGGCGGGCGUGGCGCUGGGCCUGACGCAGCUCAUGCUGGUCACAGGCUUCAACCGCACGCUGGGCCUCAGCGACGAGCUGUUUGCGCUGGCCGACACUGCGCUGCUGACGGUGCUGGGACAGGUGGCCUUCAUGCCGCUGCUGGUGCUGGCCGCACGCAUCUGCCCCGAGGGCGUGGAGGCCACCCUGUUUGCCACCCUCAUGUCUAUCCUCAACUCGGGCAUGUUUGUGGGCAACGCGCUGGGCUCCGGGCUGACCGCGUGGCUGGGCGUGACGGGCGACAACUUCGACCGCCUGGCGCUGCUGGUCACGCUGUGCACGCUGAGCAGCCUGCUGCCGCUGCCCCUGCUGCGCCUGCUGCCGGAGGAGGUGGACAGGGAGCGGCCGGAGGGCGGCGAGGGCGGGCCGGAGGAGCGCAAGGAGUCGUGA